AUGGCCAGUGUUGACAUUUCCAGUGAUGCCCCGUCAGAUCCGUUCUCUGACCAAGCAGCGAUUCAGGAUGAGCGCGAGACGGUCGCCGAGUCCACGCUGGGCGUGGGUCGAAAUGCCACUUUGACCCUCGGCACUGACGCGGUAAUUGUUCUAGAUGAAGGCCUCCGCAUAAGCGAAGGAUUCGAUUGCUUUGGAAUCUUUUCUCAGAGAACUACCAAUACGAGAUCCAUUCCUUAUUUCAACGUCCUUUGGGCUGAGAUUGUCAAGGGCGAACUCACCGUUCAUUAUGCAAAACCGACCUCCAAGGCAGCAAAUUCCCCUGUCCGUGUUGCUUACAUCAAUUAUACACUCGAGAGCUCUACGGCGAUCCUGGACAAGGCGGAAAGAUGGGUCGAGCGUCUGCUACGACGGGCGUAUGGACAAGCCCAACGCAAGAAGAGGAUAAAGGUCCUGAUAAAUCCGUUCGGAGGGAAAGGAAAGGCAGUAAAACAAUACACCAAGGAGAUCGAACCUAUCUUUGCGGCAGCGCGAUGCGAAGUCGACGCUGAGCGGACCACACAUCAUGGCCAUGCAGUCGAGAUUGCAGAAAAGUUGGACAUCAAUGCAUUCGACGCCAUCGCAAACGUGUCCGGAGAUGGACUGCCUCAUGAAUGCAUCAACGGCCUUGCCAAGAAACCUAAUGCGGCGGAGGCCCUGAGAAAAGUGGCCGUUGUCCAACUCCCCUGCGGCAGCGGAAACGGUAUGGCGUGGAAUCUGACCGGGACAGGUGAAUGUAGCACGGCCGCUCUGUGUGUUGUGAAAGGUGUACGCACCCCGCUGGAUCUCGUCAGCAUUACGCAAGGAAAUACCAGAACGCUCUCGUUUCUGUCGCAGUCUCUCGGCAUAGUGGCGGAAAGCGACCUGGGAACUGAGAAUCUUCGAUGGAUGGGUGACGCAAGGUUUUACUUUGGAUUUCUUGUCCGACUGUUGGGCAAGACGCUAUAUCCUUGCGACAUCGCUGUGAAGACGGAGAUUGAGGAUAAGCAAGAGAUCAAGAGGCACUACGCUCAGCACAUGGCUAGAAGGGCAACUCAGACUCCAAUAUCUCAUUCUGAUCUGGACGGGCCGUUGGAUAUGUCAAAAAAUCUUGGACUCCCGCCGUUGCGAUAUGGUACGGUCAAUGAUCCUCUCCCCACCGAUGCUGGCUGGACUCCUCUAACCUUCUACCCCAACCUGGGCAACCUUUACUGCGGUAAUAUGACUAUGAUGGCAGCAGAUGCCCCCUUCUUUCCUGCUUCCCUCCCUUCGGAUGGUCUGCUCGAUUUCGUGACCAUCGAUGGCGACAUCCCGCGACGGAAAGCGCUGGAUCUGCUGCUUUCUGUUCCCAAAGGUGCCUUUUUCGACAAGGAAUGCGUGCGUGUCCGGAAAGUGAGCGCUCUCCGGGUGAUUCCACGGUAUGGGUCGAUAGCGGAUUCCGCAGCCGAGAACGACCACCGGCGGAACAAGCAGGGCCAGGUGGUGGACCAGAUAAGUAGCGGGAAGAACGCCAAUCGAGAUGCUGGCCAUUUCUCGGUCGACGGAGAGAAAAUGCCGUUUGAACCAUUUCAGAUUGAAGUUCACAGGGGAUUAGGCACGGUCUUGAGUCGGCGCGUGGGUGUGUAUGAAGCUAUUGGACCAAAGGGGUGGGAAGAUAUCGAUGUCACUGCCCCUACCGCCACGGACCAGGGGUCCGGAUCGAGGUGA